CCGCCGAUGGGCGAGUACGCCAGCCCCGCUAGCCCCAGGGAACUCGCCCUGCGCCAGCGCCUGGCCUCGGGGGUGUCGGAGACCGCAGGCCCUGCGGACGGGGUGCUAGGACCCUAACUCGCGAGGAGGACCAAGCCACCAAACCGUGCCCCGGCGCCGGGGAGGAGGAGGUGGGCGCCAGAUUUGAAACAUCUGUAUUCAUGAAGAGUGACUCCAUACAAACCACAAUAUGUCAAGAAAGAAAAAAAGAUCCAAUAGAAAUGUUCCAUUCUGGACAACUGGUAAAAAUCUGUGCCCCAAUGGUUCGAUAUUCAAAGUUGGCUUUUAGAACACUUGUGAGAAGAUACUGUUGUGAUCUGUGUUAUACGCCGAUGAUAGUUGCUACUGAUUUUGUCAGAUCUACAAAAGCCAGAGACAGUGAAUUUACCACUAACCAAGGUGAUUGCCCACUGAUUGUUCAGUUUGCUGCUACUGAUGCAAGACUUUUAUCUGAUGCUGCUCAAAUAGUGUGCCCUUAUGCAGAUGGAAUAGACAUUAACUGUGGUUGCCCUCAGAGGUGGGCAAUGGCAGAAGGUUAUGGAGCUUGCUUAAUAAAUAAGCCAGAGCUUGUUCAAGAUAUGGUGAAACAAGUAAGAAAUCAAGUGGAAAACCCCAGAUUUUCAGUUUCUAUUAAAAUAAGGAUCCAUGAUGACCUUACACGAACUGUAGACUUUUGUCGAAAGGCUGAAGCAACAGGCGUUAACUGGAUUACAGUCCAUGGAAGAACUGUUGAAGAAAGACAUCAGCCAGUCCACUAUGAUGCCAUUAAAAUAAUAAAGGAAAACAUGUCUAUACCUGUGAUUGCUAAUGGAGACAUCAGAAGCUUAAAAGAGGCAGAAAAUGUGUGGCAGAUUACUGGGACAGAUGGUGUGAUGGUUGCAAGAGGACUUUUGGCAAACCCAGCUAUGUUUGCUGGAUAUGAGGAAACCCCAUUGAAAUGUAUCUGGGACUGGGUUGACAUCGCUCUCGAACUUGGAACACCUUUUAUGUGUUUCCAUCAACAUUUAAUGUAUAUGAUGGAAAAAAUAACUUCAAAGCAGGAAAAAAGAAUAUUUAAUGCUCUGUCAAGCACAUCAGCAGUUUUAGAUUACCUUACAGACCAUUACGGCAUUUGACUGGACUUUCCAAGUUGUUUUAAUAUAUACUUUGUACCUACAAUGAAAUCAUAUGAGAUCACAUCUUAGUUUUUACUUUAAAUCAGUGGUCUCAAGGUUUAAUAUAAAAAUAAACCCCGGGAGCAUGGGGGUGGGAUACCAGGAAUCAAACGCAGGAUCUGAGUUUGUCAGGCAAGUACUGUGCCACUGAGCUAUAUAUCCCCAGUCCCCUCUGAGCAUUAUUUGAAAGUAAGACCUGGAGUGUAUCUUCAGACUCUGCUUCAGUGAAUCAGGUGGACUCAGAAACUUAGAAUAUUAAAGAAGCAUCCAGGAGCUUAGGGGGCAGCUCAGUGAUAGAACUUGGCUGGCAUGAAGGUGGUCCUGGAUUCUAUCCUCAUCACCACCAAAAAAAUAAACUUUUCUCAAAAACCCAAGUGGCUCAAACAUCCUGGUCAUCAUACCUAAACAUCAAACUCUACUCGGGAUCUUGUCAUGUAUUAGGGGGUGGAGGCAGUGGGGUUAUUUUUUUCCUUUACUAAAGGAAGUCAUGUUUUUAACACUUUUAAAUAAAAUUUAUUUUAA